AAUUUUUUUUUCAAGCAACAAUUUGCAAUUAAUAAAAAACUUUUUUUUUCAUAACCAAAUCAAUUGAAUUUUUGUUUUGUUAUUGACUAUUUUGGUAUUUUAUUUAGUCAUUCUAUUAAUUAUUGAUGGAUUCAAAUUCAUGUUCGGAAAUUGUACAGAAAAAACAGCAAUCAAAUUGUUCACAUGUUCGAAAUAUUUGUGUUUUAGCUCAUGUUGAUCAUGGAAAAACUACAUUGGUCGAUUGUUUAUUGGCCAGUAAUCAUAUCAUAUCACAACGUAUGGCCGGAAAAUUACGUUAUAUGGAUUCACGGCCAGAUGAACAACAACGUGGCAUCACAAUGAAAAGUUCAUCAAUUUCGCUUGUUUAUAAAUAUAUGCCUUCUGAUGCUAAAAAUCAUUUGAUAAAUGUUAUUGAUAGUCCGGGUCAUGUGGAUUUUUUCGGUGAAGUUUCCACUGCAUUAAGAAUAUGUGAUGGUUGUAUUAUUAUCGUCGAUGUUAUUGAAGGUGUUUGUGCUCAAACACGUGCUGCAUUACAACAAGCAUGGUUAGCUCGUGUACGUCCUAUUCUUGUCCUGAAUAAAAUAGAUCGCCUGUUUGUUGAAAAAAAGCUAUCAUCAUUAGAUAUUCAUAUACAGCUCACACAAACAUUGGAACAAGUGAAUGCAUUCGUUGGAGAGCUGUUUGCAUCCGAAGUGUUGGCCAAAAUGAAUGCCAAUUUUGAUGAGCAACAAAAAUCAUCUGAUCAAUCAGCUACAAUGACGGCGACAACAGAGAAGCAAAUAUCAAAGAAAAAGAUAUUUUAUGAUUGGUCUUCUGGUCUAGAUGAUAUUGAUGAUUCGGGUGUAUAUUUUUCACCAGAAAAUGGAAACGUUUUAUUUGCCAGUGCCAUUGAUGGUUGGGGUUUUACUAUUGCCGAUUUUGCUCGAAUAUUAUCAUCAAAAUUAGGUUUCAGUGUUAAUGCAUUAACCAAAACAUUGUGGGGUGAUUAUUAUCUAAAUGCUCGAGAAAAACGUAUUCAGAAAGGUGCACAAUCUAAAGCCAAAAAACCAUUAUUUGUUACAUUUGUAUUGGAAAAUUUAUCAAAAAUUUAUGAAAAAUUUCUGAUUGAACAUGAUAAAUUGGAAAUGAUUAAAAUGGCACAAUCAUUAGGUGUUACACUGGAAACACGUGAUGUUGAUCGUUCUGAUCAUCGUCAAGCAUUAAUGUUAUUAUUCAAUCAAUGGAUACCAUUAUCACGUUCAUUAUUACGAAUUGUCUGUGAUAUUGUACCGGCACCUUGUGAUAUUAAUGAAGAACGAGUCGAACGUUUUAUCACCGCUAAUCAAACACGACGUUUUGAUAGUUUACCAUUGCAAACACAAAUGUUAAAACAAGCAUUUUUAGAAUGUCGUCCACAACAAUCGCCCGAAGAUAAUGUACCAUUAAUAGCAUAUGUAACGAAAAUGUUUUCCUAUCCAAAAGAAUCACUGCCACAAUUUCGUAUCAAACCAUUAACACAUGAAGAGAUUAUAAAACGUCGUGAAGAAAUGAAAAUGAAACGUGAAGAGGAAAAAUCGGAACAUAAAGAAGAACAGAACCAGAUUGAAAAUAUCGAUGAAGAAAAAGAAAAGAUAACAUUUAUUGGUUUUGCCCGAAUAUUUAGCGGAACAUUAAGACGAAAUGAUUACGUAUAUGUUUUAGGACCAAAACAUGAUCCAUCUCUUAUUACAGAAGAAAUGAUUGAAGAAAUUGAUCGUUGUGAAUUAACAUUAUCAAAUCUUCGUUUUGAUCAACAUGUGACAAAAGUACAGAUAAAAGAAUUAUAUUUACUAAUGGGUCGUGAUUUAGAAUCGGUGGAUGAAGUUCAUGCUGGUCAUAUUUGUGGUAUCGGAAAUCUACAAUCACAUGUUAUAAAAUCUGCAACAUUAUCAUCAACUAUUUAUUGUCCAUCAUUUACUGAUGAUAUUUCCAAAAGUAUUCCAAUAUUACGUGUAGCUGUUGAGCCAAAAAAUCCAUGGGAUUUAUCUAAAUUAACACAAGCAUUAAGAAUGUUAAAUCAAUCUGAUCCUUGUGUUGAUGUUAAAAUACAGGAAACUGGUGAACAUGUUAUUAUUACUACCGGUGAAGUACAUCUUGAACGAUGUAUAGUUGAUUUAGUUAAUUUUCUUGGUGAAGAUAUUGAAUUCAAUAUAUCCGAUCCGAUUGUACCAUUUCGUGAGACAAUAAUCGAACCACCUAAAGUGGAUACACUUAAUGAAGCACUUUCCGAUCAGAAAACAUUAAUAACAUCUGUAACAUUGUCAUCAUCAUCGUCAUCUUCAGCAGCAGCAACAACAACAACAACAACAAAUGUUAGCAAAAAAUCUUCCAAAAUUAUUGAACAAAUGACACCGAAUAAAAAAUUUUUAUUUCGAGUACGUGCAAAACCCUUGCCCGAAACGGUUGUUGAAACACUUGAAAAAUCACGUGAUAUAUUGAUUCAAAUGAUGCAAUUUCAACGAAAAAAUGUUCUGACCAAUACAAAUACUUCGUAUAUGGAUUCGAAUGAAAUAUUUACGACUGAUUUAUGUGAAGCAAUGAAUGAAUUACGUAAAAAACUUGAACAACAAUUUAAUGAUGCUGGCGGUUGGCCAACUGAUACAAUUGAUCGGAUAUGGUCAUUGGGACCAAAAUUUUAUGGAUCAAAUCUAUUGAUUAAUUGUUUAAAAGAUUUUAAUCAUAAACAAUGUUUUCCAUCAAAAUCUUCGCAACAACAACAACAACAACAACGAGAAGAAUCAUCGAAUGAUAAUCGUUAUACCUAUGAAGAUAGUUUUAUCAAUGGUUUUCAAUUAUGUACACAAUCUGGUCCAUUAUGUGAUGAACCAAUGAUGGGUGUUUGUUUUAUUGUUGAAGAAUGGAAAUCGCUUGAAUCUUUGGAUGAUAAUGAUAAUGAAACAACAAUGAUUGAUCCAUUCGGUCCAAUCAGUGGACAGAUAAUGUCAACAGUAAAAGAAAUUUGUCGUCGUGCAUUUCAAUCACAACCACAACGUCUUAUGGCUGCUAUGUUUUCCUGUAUCAUACAGAUCGAUAGCGAUGCUUUGGGUAAAAUGUAUGCAGUAAUUGGACGAAGAAAUGGCCGUAUAUUACAUGCCGAUGUACAGGAAGGAUCACAAAUAUUUACCGUUAAUGCUAUAUUACCUGUUAUUGAAAGUUUUAAUUUUGUUAAUGAAAUACGUAAACAGACUAGUGGUAAAGCAAUACCACAAUUAACAUUUAGCCAUUGGGAGGUAAUCGAUAUUGAUCCAUUUUGGACACCAACAACCGAAGAAGAAUAUAAACUUUAUGGUGAAAAAGCUGAUACAGAAAAUCGUUCAUUACGUUAUAUGAAUGCUGUACGUAGACGUAAAGGUUUACAUGUUGAAGAAAAAAUUGUUGAACAUGCUGAAAAACAACGUACAUUGACAAAGAAUAAAUGAAAAACAAUCAACAAACAACAACAACAACAACAACAACCCACAACA